AUGGGGCACUCGCGUGAUGACGACAAAGGCCCUACAUUGCUUGUCCUUACCUGUAUACUGACAUCUCUGGCUGUCCUAACCACCAGCUUACGUUGCUGGGUACGAUGGGGGAACCGGCAACUCGGACUCGAUGAUGGAGCAAUGGCUAUCACGACUAUACUUGCAGUAGCCCGAAUGUCCAUCCAGAUCGUCAGCGUCCGCUACGGAAAUGGGAAACACCGCGAGUUCGUUUCUGAUCACGACUACAAAAUGAUCAACAUGUUCACCUGGAUCACACAAAUCUUACUCUUUCCAACGAUCUGUCUGAUGAAGGUCUCGAUCUGUAUUCUAAUCUUGCGUAUCAAGGACACGCGGACUUUGAGAUACACCUUGGGCUUUAUCAUCACAGGCUUAGUCCUGACGAACUUCGAGUGCUUGCUUGUACUGCUGGCCGAGUGCUCACCACUGGAUGCGUACUGGAACGGAACCUCUGCCGGGCACUGCUGGCCUGCCAAAGUGCGGAUAUACAGUAUCUAUCUGCAAGCAUCAUAUGGCGUCGCGACCGAUGUAGUCUGUACUUUUCUACCAAUCUAUGUUGUCUGGAACGUCAAGAUACCGCUGUCAACCAAAGCUGCAGUAUGUGGACUGAUGAGCUUGGGCUUGGUGGCAACGCUGUGUUCGGCCAUUCGAGCAGCAUCCCUUGGAACGACUACCAACGACCUUUCGUAUGCCUACUGUAUUGCUGCAAUAUGGGCGAACACCGAGCUAUUCCUAGGCAUCAUCGCGGCCAAUCUCGCCUUGGCACGAUCGAUGUUCAAAUACUUCAACGAACGGGCACGAACGCUCACUCCAUAUGCGUCGGGAUCAAGAACGACGAAGCUUCGCAACAGUCUCGCAUCGCCAAGUCGGUUGGGCUAUGUCAAGUCAGCUGAACCUUGUUUGGCUCUGCAAACGAUUGGGUCGGCUCGUAGUCAAGCGAGUGGCAUGCCGCUCCGACGUUACAAGGAUGGGGCAACAUUCACCGAGAUGGACGAGUUCGAGAAAGCGACGCCGUGA